AUGGACCCUCCCGAUCUGUCUCUCGCUAAUAGACUAUUCCAUCAGCCUCCGGAGGAGGAAGCAUUCUUGUCGCCAGACACACGCUCAGUUUCGGAAAAUUCUCAUGCAGCAGACCCACGUUUCUUAGAGUUGCAGGAGGAGCUUCGAAGUGCUUUGUUCACGGCUGUAGCCAAUUCCACGCCUAAGCAAUACCUUUUAGAGUCUAUAAGUGAACCGGAAGCGACAUCAUCCCGGAGAAAUGUGGAUCCUUUUGCAGGCUCUCCCGUCCCCAAGUCCCGGCUGAUCUUUUACUUGAAGAACUGGAUCACGGAAUGUGCUCCUUAUCUCGAUAAAUUCGACGAAGAGCGCCAUUUUGGGGUCCAUAUUCCUAUCCUAGCCGAAGACUCCUCUGCAUUAUUUUACGCCCUUCUUGCUUUUUCCGCCCGACAAACGGAAAGGAAGGCGGGCCUGAGAAACUGUCAUGACAGCCUCGAGCUCUACCAGGAGUCUAUCCGUUUGAUAAGACCGGGUCUACAGGCAAAAGAUCCAAACGUGUUGGUGACAGUCUGUAUUCUAGCGGUCAUGGAAUUGAUGUCCGUCAGUACACAGGACUGGAGGCGUCAUGUGGAGGGGUGCGCGGCUUUGUUUGACUGCUUCAAUGUCAACGGUUUUUCGGGGGGCCAUUUGCAGGCUGUCUUCUGGUGCUAUGUGCGAAUGGAGCUCUGCGGAGUGAUUGUUUCGAAUGGUGCAGACCGUACGGUUCUUCCACUUGAGAAGUGGGUCCCCGCUGCGCCUACAGGCCAUGGUUCUGAGUCCCUCGAGGAGAACGAAAAACGUGUUCGAAACUUGUUUAUGGAGAAGAGCAUUUUGUCUCCGGAUAUGCAUGCGAACUGGGCCGUGUAUUUGUGCGCGAAAACCUGCGAUCUGGUGUGUAGACGUACCAGGGAAUUGGAGCUGGGUGAGCUGGACACAUCCGACUCACGGCCAUUCAGUGAGCAGUGGAAUCGACUGUGGGAUGAGCUACAGUUUUGGCUGGCACAACGGCCGUCGGAAUUGCUCCCUGUGAAGGUUGUCAGUAUGCGUGGCGAUCAGAUGUUCCCGGAGAUCCUCUUUGCUCAUCAGGCAGCCAUAUCUGGAAACCAACUGUAUCACACGGCCUGCAUCUUGCUGCUGGAGAUCAAACCAGCCAUCAUUCUGCUCUCCACAUCAGACCACUUGUCGUCCUCGAUUUGGCACGCUAGGAGGGUCUGCGGAAUUUCGUUGACAAAUCCCCAUCGAGGCAAUCUCAUCAAUGCUAUCCAACCCCUAUAUAUUGCCGGUAAACUUCUAAGUCAUCGGCGAGAGCAAAUAGCUGUGGCUAGAUUAUUCAAGAUCAUUGAAGAGACCACAGGAUGGGGUGCGUUAUGGCGAUUGAGAGAUCUUGAAGCGGCGUGGGGUUAUGAGACCAACGAGAUCUUAUCGGCUCUUUGA